AUGCAGUUUUGGGUUAAAUACCUGAGGUGGGCGGAGCUUAUUCAGGUCUGACAGAAACAUCUCCCCGACCUUUGGGACUCGAUGGGCGGGAGAGAAACUGACGAGUAAAGACGAUCAUGGCUACAGAUUUAACUCAGGACGCAGUUUUAUAUUUUCUCCAGAGCAACGGAGGCUCAGUGAAAAACGCAGAUCUGCUUCAGCACUUUAAUGACUUCAUCCGGAUCCAUGUGGACCGCGAACGGAACCGGGAACGCUUUAAAAAGUUUGUCAACUCCGUGGCCACCGUCACGCAGAUCGACGGGGUGUCUUAUGUGGUUCUCAGGAAGAAAUACAGAGGAAAUGUUCCCGGGGUUGGCACCGGAGAUCCGGCAAGUCCUGCAUGGAUCACAACCAGGGAUAACCUCGACUCCUCCCCGGUAAAUGUUAACCGAAACCCGACCGUGGGUGCAGAUCAACACCGUCAGAAGCCGCAGCAGAGGGAGGAGGCAGUACCCACCCCGUCAGGAGAACCCGGGAGAAAAACAGUCCUACCUUCGGCAGGUAUCUUGCAGAAGAAUGACAAGGUGGAAACUGGAUUUAACCUGAAACAGAAGCAGGAACCUGUAGUGUCCAUCGCCCCUGAACUCAUCAGCAGAUCAGGACCAGCUCAGAUGGUGGGUCAGAGUCGAGAGAAAAAACAACAAAUGAUUCCUAGUUUGUCUCAGCUUCCUGAUCCGGUUCAGAGCCCUAGAGUGGGACAGCAGAGACUGGGUUCUGGUCCACUUCCUGGUCCCAGCCAGGAGGUCCCUGUCCCAGAACCCCAGAGAAGAAGAGAGAUGUCUCUGAGGCCUGCAGAGGAUGUCAGUCCACAGCUCGCCCUUCACCGUUUCAGACACAGGAAGAGCUACAAAUCUGCUGUCUCUGAAGAUGAUGAUGAUGAUGAAGAACAUGAAGAGGUCCCAAUAGGACAAUGUUCUGCUGGAGGAGUGUGGACUCUGAAUCCCUCCGAAAGUCUAAGUGAAAGUGGGAGGGCCUUUUCUGCAUCCUCACCCUCCAUCACAGACUCAUUUACAGCUUCUUUCAUCUCCUCUUCAUCAUCUUCUGCAGAAAAGAAACUCCCACAGAUUUACAUCCAGAGCGAGGAAGGAGAAAUGAAGGCACCCUCUGAUGGGAAACCCCAGGAACAAAGCGUGGGGAUGGAAGCUGGGUCUGCCCCGGAGGAGCUGAUGUCCAUCAGACGUAGUCAGCCUCCAGAGGCAGCGCACCGCCUUCUACCAACUCACCAAGUUCCAAAACCAGCAGCAGACCUCAACACGCCUCCGGUCCAGAGACACGCGCAGCCUCCCGGGGCCCCGAUGAUGCUGUCCUCCAGCCACAGCAGCAUCCUGACUUCUUCGUCUCAUGAUGCAGGCUUCUCCUCCAGAGAAAAGCCAUCAUCCAGUUCCUCAAGAGUUUCAGGGUGGAGCAGCAACGCUGUGGGUCUGCAGACUAGAGCAGGUGAACCAGUGGGUGUGGCUAAAAUCCAGGAACUAGUCCAGCAACCUCAGAGAUUAAACACUGAAUCUGUGAUGUACUGUGCGGACAUUAAAACCUCGAUUCCACGGCAUCACUCUAUGGACAAUGUCUAUGACAUCCAGCAUCCCACAGUUCACCCAUCAGCACGCCAUCCUUCCAGUGACCAACUCAGUGAUGACCAGCAGUUUCCAACCAAAGGGACGCGUUGGCACGUCUCCACAGGCGAUCUCUGUGACGACCACAAGGACGGCUCCAUCUCCUCACCUCAUAUCCAGCAGCGUCCGAUGGUGGCCAGGCGGGUCAGCAGCCGACUGCGGAGCAGGAUGUGCCAAAGUCUGGGAGCCGACCUGGACCAGCUCCUCCAGGAGGAAGCAAACGGAGGAGUAGGAGGAAAUGAGGCCGCCCGGCUGGACCGCCUCCAUCUGAUCUCCUCCUCACUCAGCCUUCACUACAACAUGUCGUCCUCCUCCUUGUCAUCCUGCGCCACGCCUCCUCGCUGCCCCAGCCCUGGCCCCACUGUCCCAGACGAGGGGAAGGGGAGCGGAGGAAGGAGGAGCAACCCCCCCACAGGUCACCAUGUUGGGCAGUCACCGCUUCCUCUGGAGCCCAGAGAGCAUGCCUGGAUGGUAAAGGCGGCCGCAGGCGCCUGGACCGACAUCUACUCUCUGUUCAGAGAGGACCCAUCCCUCCUCAACAGACAAGACUUCAUCUCCGGCUUUACUGUGCUGCACUGGAUUGCCAAACACGGCGACCACCGCGUCCUCAACACCCUGUGGUACGGAGCUGAGAAGGGUGGCUUGGCUUUUAACGUAAACACCAAGUCAGCAAGUGGUCAGACUCCUCUCCACAUCGCCGCCAUCCACGGCAACAAAAAUGUCAUCCGGUUGCUGGUUACGAAGUUUGAUGCUGACGUUAGGCUUCGAGACAUGGCGGGUAGGAGGCCCUGGCAGUACCUGAGCCAACCCUCGCAUGAAAUCCUUGAGAUGCUUCGUGCGCCACCAAAGGCUGCUGUGACCGGAGAGGGAAGAGUUGGGACGGUGGACUCCAGCUGGCAACCGCAGCAGCAACGCCGCCGUCACUUCUCCACCGCUUCUCCGGGAAAGAGGCCGCUCAUCGUUGCAGACUUGACUAAAGUCAAAAGAUCUACAUCCUUCGCUGCGCUGCUCAAGCACAAGUCGCUGCAGCGGUUUUAUGGGCUUCAAUCAGACUCCUCCGUAUAAAACAGAAGCUUCCAUCUGUCAUUGUGAAACCGAAAAUAUGAAGCCAGAUUGAGAGGGUUUAUUCAUAAUUACUUCUGCUGUAUUACUUCACAAUGGAAGCACGUUUUCAUUUCUCUACUGGACUUCAGUGUCUUUUCUGAACUGUGAAUAAAGCUUCAACCCUGGAAACAAUCAUUUUACAAGUUUUAAAGAGCUUCCAGUUUAGCUUUUUCUAGAUUCUUACUUCAUAAAAUGUGCCAACACACUGUAUUCAAAACAGAUUUUAAAAAAAGAGUUUCAUUUCUUUUAGGUGAAAACCUUUCGUUCAGUCCGAACAUUUACAACGAAAGGAAGCACAAGUUGCUACAGCUGAGCUUUUUAUCAAAGGACUGCUGGAAAGGAGUCGCGAUAAGCACCGGGCACAAGUUAUGUUUCAGCAUGACUUGUUUUAGGUGGAAAAAUAAAGAGGAAACUGAAAUAAAACAACUCAAGUUUCAGUCAUACAUUCGCUGAGAGGUGUUCAGGUUCCACGGCUUUAUGUUGAUGGCACUGUUUCCAGAUCAGUUUGUAGAUUUAUUGAAUGCUUCAAGAGAAAAAAAAAUAAAGUUAAAUUAGUUAUACAGUGCAUCAAAAAAAAUCAUUCAUGUGGAUUCACCAGCAGUUGACACUAAUAUGGGAGAUUUUAUGACUUGUGAAGACAGUCAAGGUGCCAGGUAAUCUGUAUUUGUGCUAAGCUAUCUUGUAACUGUGUUUUUUUAUAUAUAUGUGUUAUAAAACUGUGCUAAAAUUCUCUUAAAGUACCAAAAUAUUAAACUUUUCCCCCUUUUUUAAGUGCAGUUUUAAAAGUAUUCAGGUUACAACCUACGAAACCGUCUGGUCUGAUCGCAGCUGUUUGCAUUAUUUUGGUACCUUUUUAUGUACAAACAUCUAAUUUAUCAUCACGAUCUCAUAACUUUAGUUGGCUCCUAGUGGAUUUUAUUGAUCGUUUGUGGUUUCAUUAGUUUUUCGGACACACUCGAACCAACAAAAACAAAACCCAUUUGAUUGUUUUUUAUUAAUUAGUGGUAAAUCAAAAGGAAAAAAACCUCAUGGAGGAAUUGAUAAACUAUCCACUGGAAUUAAUCUUACAGUAUUUGUUGUUUGUGUAAAACAUGUAAAUCUGCAAGUGGUUUUGGAUGUGUUUUAAUUAUAAUAAAUUGGUCAUCUUUGA